AUGAUAAGCUCCGGGAAUCGCGGAAAGGCCUAUGUCUGCAAAGUGGCGGAGUGGAAGCUGUCGCGUGGAACUUUCAGACCAGGCCUCCUGCAAAAGGUGCAGUCGAACUCUGAGCAAGCUGUGAAGAAAGCUUUUGCGGCUGCUUCAGAGAGCAUCGAAGAGGAUCCGGCAAAGGCCCUGAAGGCCUUGGACGCCGCCCUGGCUGGAGUUGGCCCGGCCACCGCGUCGGCGGUGUUAUGCCGCGCUUUCCCGAAGAAAGUCGCCUUCAUGUCUGAUGAGGCGAUGCUGGGGUGCGGCCUCUUUAGCAAAGCCUCGGAGAUCAAGUACGACCUGAAGACUUUCGCAAGAUUCAACGAGACAGUGCUGGAGCUCAGUGGAGUCUUCCUUACAUCAUAG